AUGCUAGAGAAAGCGCCGAGGGGCGACGGCCGACCCAAAGCUCACCUCCCCACUGCACGCCGCCCCUGGAUCGAGUACCUUGGUGCUUUACUAUUUAGCACACGGAAGUGUUGUUCUGUUGUCCGUGUCUCCUUGGAGACCGUGGAGAACAGAAGGGCCGGCGUGGGGUUUUCGCUUUGUACUCCUGGUGCCCAGCCAGCGCUGCAAUCCAGCAGAGGAGCCGGACUAGAAGCGCGGAAGCUCUGGGUGCACGCGCCCGGCCCGGGACUAGGCGGCCCAACCGGGAGGGCGGCGGGUCCUGCGGCCACGCAACGGGCGUUGGGGAAGCAGCAGAGACCCUGCGUGCGCGCGGGCUUCGGCCUCCAGAUUCCGCAGAGUCCCGGGCCCGAUCCCCCCGGGGCUGGCCUCCUGCCCUACGUGGGCACCGCGCGCCCACCUGGAACUCACGAUGGCGAAUCCGUGGUCACCCGAAGGCAACAGCACCGGCUCCCAGUGCGCCUGCGCUGCGCGUGCGCAGAGCCCUCGCCUCCCGGCCUCACCUCGCAGACGCGACGGGCCGGGGAGGAAGCGCUGGGAGCAGUGCAGGUUUCGUUAUCCCGUGUUAGGUCACUCCGGAGAGGGGAAAGCGGCCCACAGCGUCGCGCGACCCGGAAACGACACAACGAGGCCCAAUCUUUUAGACUCGAGUUUAGGCCCCGGGGUGGAGUCUCCGGACCGGGUCCCCCCCACCCCCCCCCCGCUACAGGGGCAGUGCGCAGGCGCGAGGGACGCACAACCCCAGCCCCUGUCCCAGUGAGCCCGUCGCCAUGGAAUCCCUGCAGACUCCCCAGCACCGCGAAAAUCAAGAUAAAAGGGAGAAGGAGUAUGGGGUAAAACACAUGCCUAUGGGCAAUAAUGCAGGGAAUCUUGAGCCCGAAAAGAGAAAGGCAGUAAGAGUUGCCUUGAAUUCAGCAACAGCUGCACAGAAUAUCCCGUCCAGUGUCCACUGUGGCUGCUCCAAGCAAUGGAGACUCAAGCUACCAUCGGAGUCGCUGCAAAGUCGGGGACAGGUGAUGAAGCGGCCGAAUAACAUUUUAAAGCUCAGGAAUCUGGAUCUGUUGCUCUACCCUUGGCCAGAACUUAGAAGACGGCAGGUUGCUUCUGACCUAGUGAGCCUCCUCCUUCUCCCCGCUUUUUCCGGCCUUACUUGGGCCCCCUUCCUUUUCCUCUUUACAUAUCUGCCUCCUUUUCUCAAUCUCCUCACUGUUGGUUUUGUAUCCUAUUUUCUGGUAUAGUUUCUGUGAUUUCUUUCAUUUAUUUAUUAUUAUUAUUGUUGUUGUUGAGACAGAGUUUUGCCCUUGUUGCCCAGGCUGGAGUGCAAUGGCGCGAUCCUGGCUCACUCUAGCCAACGCCUCACAGGUUCAGGUGAUUCUCCUGCCUCAGCCUCCGGAGUAGCUGGGGUUACAGGCACGGGCCACCAGCCCAGCUAAUUUUUGUAUUUUUAGUACAGACGGUGUUUCACCAUGUUAGUCAGGCUGGUCUCGAACUCCUGACCUCAGGUCAUCCGCCCACCUCGGCCUUCCAAAGUGCUGGGAUUACAGGCAUGAGCUACUGUGCCCAGCCUCUAUGAUUUCAAUUUCCAUGUUUAAGUACCUAUGUAGAACCUAACUGUCCAUAAAGUAAACACAACAAAAAAAAAGAUUUGGCUUUUGGUCAAAGAUCAUUGGAGGUUGGUUACACAGGGUAAAGUGCAGUAUGAUUUUUAUCACAAUUAGAUUAAAAAGAGAUGACAGUGAGUUUGUGAGAACAGGUUUGUGUUUCAUAAAAUGAAUUGUGUGAGUUCGCUAUGAUGAAUUGCAAGCAGCUUGCAUUUCCAAAGACAAAUAGAGACACAGGAAUCUAAUUAAAAUGCUAAAGUAAUGGGAAGGAGACAUCCAUACGUUUUUGUCCCCCUAAGGUUCCAGAUUUAUAGUUUGAGCAUCAUCUCAGCUUACAUUUUCUCUGUGGAAAACAUCAGCCAUUACAUUACUUGGCUCUGGGUUGAAAUCCUAACUUCAUCAGCUGAAGAUCUUAUGACCUAGGCAAGUUUAUUAACCUCCUCUAUGACGUGAUAAAAACAGUAUCUCUUGUGCGGAUUAGAAGAAAUGUUCCUCUAUGCUAAGAUGAUUAUUAUGUGCGGAACACAUAGUUAAGUGCUUGAUAAAUUGAACUAUGGCGAAUCCAGUCUCAACCAUGGCAAAACUAAGUUAAUAAAAAUGAAACAUAACCUUUA